CUUGUUGUUUUAGUUUUUGAUUUUUCGUUUUUUCUAGUUUUUUAGUUUUUAAAUUCAUUUUGUUUGUUGUAGUUUUUGAUUUUUUUCGUUUGUUUUAGUUUUUUAAAUUCAUUCUGUUUGUCUUUUUUUUUUAAAUUUUUAAUUGAUUGUGCUUUUUUUUUCCAGAUGCAGGCCACCAGGAGGGACAGGGAAUACCUCAGGGCGUCCAAUGCGUGGUUUCGCUGGGAGGACGCAGAGGGUGAAAUCCUGGAAGGCGAAAAUAUUUUCGCCAUCCAGGAUUUGCACGCCAGGGCCGCCAAAUGGUUGGCGGAUGCCGAGGACGAGGCCUUCAUGGCCGGAGCCCGUUGGGAGGGAGGUGUUGGGCCGGACACCCCGAGAGCGCGGUGGGUCCGCGCUGUGAGGCGCGAGUCGCGCCAGUUCGAGGCCGAGGGCGAGCAGGUGCUCGCCCUCUACGAUGUCGAGGAUGCCUGGGCCCUCAGGAUCCUCUUCGGGGAGGAGUCCACCCAGCCUGACCUGACGGAGGAGGACUGGUCCCUGGAGCAGUGGGACUGAGAUCCCCCCCUCCGCCCCCCGCCCUAAUAAUAAAUUAAAAAAAAAAUUUUUUUUUAAAUUGUAUUUUAGUUCUAAGAUUUUUUUUGAAUAAAAUUAAAUUUUUUUU